UUCUUUGCGCGUCCAGAAUGACGUAGAUCCAGCUUUUCACAAUAUAUAUUUUCCACCUCCGUUAUCCCAUUUCUCCGUUAUCCCAUCUUAUCAACUUACCGUUUGUUCUGCUCAAUGUUCUCUCGCAGCCCUUACUACAGCUACCAUCCUUCCUACGAUGACUAUAACUACCAGAAUGCCUACGCGCGAGAUCAGGCUCAGAUCCAAGCGGAGCAGCGUAGAGCUCAACUCGCCUUAGAACGUCAACGUCAACGAGAGGCCGAACGACGACGUGCAGCAGCACUUGCAGCGGCUCGACGCCAAGAAAGAGCCAGUCAAUAUCUUCCCGAAGCCAGCAUGAUGUAUCCUGGAAGAAAUCGUUCUUAUGUUCCCGAAAGAGCAAGCCGCUACCUUCCAGACGAAUUCGACCAUUACGGAUCGGCUGUAGAGGAUGACCUUGACGACGACGCGUAUGACUAUGGAUUCGGUCGUGCCGGUUCAUAUUUGGACGGCUGGCCAACUGCACCUAUGCCGCGGGAAAGGCAUUCAUCGAAGCCAAUAUCGAGUCACCCUCAGUUACAACCUCGAAAACCCGAUCAACAACGACCAAGAUCUCGCUCACGUCCCACAACUGUGUGGCCUCAGCCUCACCCCCGGUCGCCUUCGAGUUCGAGAGAGCAGCUUCAGCCACACAUAUCUGAACCUAAGCAGCGAAAAUCCUCCCCUCAACCUUCUUCGGCUGCACCGAAAAGUCCUACCACACCAGUUAAGAUCCAAAUUUCUUCUCCUCACUCACGAGAAAAGAUGGAAAAGGCUGCGACGAAAAUUCAGUCCGCAUAUCGUAUACACCGGGCCUUUAGCACUAUUGAAGCCUUGCAUCGAAGAUUUAACGAACUCAAGUCUUCCUUUACCUUUCCCUCCGUCCUCGAUUUCCAAACUCUCAUCCCUGAACACCAUGUUACCCUUCAUCUCCAAGACAUCACGCCCUCUGGCGCUCUCGAUGCGCUAAAAUCCGCUGGGAUCGAAACAGCCUCGGUGGAAUGCAUCUCGGUACCACAGCUGGCUUACACGCAUGCCAACAGAUCGUUACAUCGAUACGUUGAGUCUCUCAAUCGUUUGUUGACUUCGCUCGAUGGUGUGGAGAGCUAUGGUGAGAAGAGAGUCAGAGAGAAACGGAAAGAAGUUGUUAGGGCGGUGGAAGCGGAGGCUGGAAGGGUUGAGGGUGUCUGGAAGCAAUCAUGGGAUGAUUGGGUAUCCACGCUGAAGCUGGCGCAGGCUUCGGACGAUAUGAAAGGACUGGAAGACUCGGAAGUCAAGAGUAUCGUGAUGCUAGACCCACCUUCCACUCCGCGGUCCAGACACGAGGAGGAGUUAGAUGAAGGAUUCGCCAGUGCUUCUGAAGAUGCACCGAAAACGAGUGAAGAACAGAGCGGUCCAGACACCAGUGAAGCUACUGAGACUUCAGGAUCAGGUCGUCAACAAGACGAUAUCUCCGCGGACUAUGUUAUGUUAUGAUGCCAUACAGCAUGUAUUAUUAUUCAUAUCCAUCGCCACUCAAAUCUAUCCAAAAUCUGACAAUACUUAGAAGCUCACUCUGGAGUUGCCGUUACACAUGUCAUUGGUUGCGGCGCUGGCUCACAUCCCUUCCCUCCGCCUUCUGCUUGGUCGUUCGUGUUCUGGAUUUAAUGGCAAAACAUCACGCAGUUGAGCUAUGCAGGAUCACGAAUUACGGGACGCUGAGAAAAUCGAAGCUCAUCUAAAUUCCCUGUCCGUCUCUCAGCUCGCUUAAUCCACGGUCAUCUGUCGUCAAAAAUCAGUCUACGAAGCUUCAAGUGAUCAAAUCUGAGCUUGUUCAGCGUUAAACUGCACUGGCAGCUAUGUUCCUUGCCUUCCCUUGAACCCGUUCAACAUGGCUUAUAAACUCUCUCCCUCUCUCCCUCUCUCAAGCAAGAGUUCAUCAUCAACUUCGCUUCUUUUGUAAACGAGCGGGUGACUGAUACUACUAGUAUGCCGUGCAGCCGUACUUUCGCGGGGUAAAUCUAUCGUUGAGUGGCGCUCGUCCUUUAAUUAGCAUAGGCGUUCACGGAAAGCUAUAAAUGGAACUUCAAAACCGAAAAGUACGACAUCCUCGUGUGUCCACCCGAGAAAUUGGAUGUCUACUAUUUGAACUUCACUUUCUCAUAUUGAUGGAGGUGCCCU